GCGAAAUGUUGCUCAUUGGUACCAAUGGAGUGAAAUCAUGAACCAACAUAUCUUCAUCCGUCGGUGUCAUGAGUGCCGAAAACAGACUUUGCGAACUUCAAACGGUGUCCUUGCAUGUCAGUGACCUGGAGUCUGACCCUCGACUGGACGACCCUCCGAAACAGGAAGAUCAGAGAAAUGUAUCUGAAACUGGUGGAUUGUUGUCAUACAGCAAUGGCACAGUGAACAAAGAAUCGGCGACAGAACCUGUGAAAAGACCUGUGGAGAGUGAUGUCAGCGAUGAAGAUUCUCUACCGGCUUCUGGAGAACUGAAACUGUGCUCAGAGCAUGGAAGCGCACUAGAGUUAUAUUGUAGUACAGAAGGGAAAUUGGCCUGCUCGAAAUGUGUUUCGGAUGGAUUUUGUCAGGGUCACAGCGUGACAAAACUGGUUACACGGGCAGCUGUAGUAAGGAAUCAACUGGUGGAUGUCUGUGAAAAGAUGCAGCUGCAAACUCUGCGGAUCGAACGAUUUAUUGAUCGUACACUUACAGCCCGAGAGAAAGCUGUACAGAUAGAUGCAAACAGCGCGAGAGAGCGUGUGCUGUCUCAGGUAAAUGCCAUACGUGAGGCUCUUGAGGAGGAGGAGCAGCGUCUCUUGGAGGCCAUACAGCGAGAAGAAGAGCGCGUGGAGCAGUGUCUCCUCACUCAGAGAGCACACUGGACACAGACUCUAGAGAAACUUGCACACACACGCACCAGUCUCGUGAACAAACUCACACACUCCACAGAUGCCAUGCUUGUGAGCGCUAACCAGGAAAUAUUUGACAGGGUUGAGGAUGCAGAAGGUGUUGGUGAACCCCGAGACACUGAGCAACUGAGUCUGAAUAGAGAAUGUAGCACCAGUAAACUCAUGCUGGGUUUAUGGGCCAGUGCCAUACUGCUUGCACCGUCAGGUCCGAGUUCAACAAAGCUACAGUUCGAAAUGAAAACAGUCAGCCCACUUCUAUCCCUCUCUGACGACCAUCGCACUUUAACUUUCCUGCACAAACGCACGCGUCAGUCACCCCCCUAUGACCCAGCACGCUUCGACAGCUGGCCCAAUGCUCUCUGCUCCCCUCCCAUGUCCUCUGGCACCCACAGCUGGGUACUCGACAUGGGCAAAAGCGCCGCCUUUAAAGUGGGCAUCUGCUAUGCUAGCAUGGAGCGCAAGGGGUCCGGAAAUUCUGCCCGGUUGGGCUACAACACAAAAUCAUGGGUGCUUUCACAUUAUGAUGGAGACCUAUCCUUCUGCCACGAUGGAUGUAAUGUGGGCAUAUCAGUGGUUAAGAAACUCAAGAGAGUGGGUCUGCUGCUGGACUUGCCCAGUCAGACCUUGCUCUUCUAUGAUCCUGAAUCUAUGUCUUUACUACAUGUAGUCAAACAUGCUUUCAGCGAGCCUCUGCUGGCUGCAUGCGCUGUGGCGGAUCAGAGUGUCUCUCUUGUCAAUCUGAAAACACUAGAAUGGACGGAAUGAACAUUUUGUAAUGCAAAUUAUAAUUUAAAAAAGGUUUCACAUCUUCUUUGCCAUUGAAGACUGAUAUAUCAGGUGUGAGAAUAACAAUCAUAUAUUUUAGUUCUAGAGAAGCAAAUUUGACUUAAAUGUACUCAUUUACAUUUAAAAGACUGACCGACUGACUGUUUUUAUAUUUUUUAAGUUAAAUACAUUUUCUGUUGAUGUAUAGUAGGCCUAUAUGUUUAAAUUAGUGAAAUGUUGACUGUGGUAUUUAUUACCUUUAUUUUAAAUAGUUUAAUGUAUAUGACAACCCACAUAUUUUGAUAUUUUAAGACAAUUAAAAAGGCUUAAAGUGCUUAAGGUAAAAAGUGUUUCCCAAGUACAAAUGUUGGACUGAAAAUGCUGGCCAGUUUCAGGGUGUGAUCACCUCUCUUUUCUCUAAAACAAAACCUAAUUCCAUUUUAUUCUCAUUUACGAUGUAAAUCUAAAUACAGAAACAAAUAUAUAAACACAUAAUCAUUCAUAUAUUUGUGUUCACUAUUUGUAAACAUCUGCCAGGUGCAAGUAAAUAUGAAUAAGGUUUUGACUUGAACGUUAACUUAUCGUAGUAGUUUUUGUUAUUGAUUUAAAGUGUUGUGUCAUAAUAAAAAAAGACAAUAAAAAGUCAAGCAACACAA